UAAGGCGCAGGCGCUCUGGGGCUGAGGGCGAGCAGGCCGAUCAGCUGGGAAGCGUGCGUUCACCUAACUAACCCACUGGGAGGAGGGAGGAUGAGUCCAACAGGCUGAGAAGUGCUGCUUGUGGAGCUCCAUAUCCAGCUGGAGCAAAGGAAAACAGGAGGCAGCUGCUGCGGCGGGUGCUACCUCAGUGUUGUCUGGGUCUUGCUGAUUAGUCCAGGGGAGCAACAGCACAGAGAGAGCCCCAGCACAGCCGCAGCGGAAAAAGCAGAAGCCGCCCCAAGACAGAUCCACCCCAGUCAUGAGCACCCUGUACUUGUGGGAUCACCUGCGAGCCGGCAGCUCCGAGGUAGACUGGUGUGAAGAUAACUACACUAUCGUGGCCACGAUAGCCGAGUUUUACAACACGAUAAGCAACAUCUUGUUUUUUGUUUUGCCACCCAUAUGUAUGUGCUUAUUUCGUCAAUAUGCAACCUGCUUCAACAGUGGAAUAUACUUAAUAUGGAUUCUGCUAGUUGUUGUUGGAAUUGGAUCUGUCUAUUUCCAUGCUACACUCAGUUUCCUGGGUCAGAUGCUAGAUGAGCUGGCUAUUCUUUGGGUCCUGAUGUGCGCUCUGGCCAUGUGGUUCCCCAGAAGAUACCUCCCAAAGGUUUUUCGAAAUGACAGGGCAAGGUUUAAAGCUGCAGUCGGUGUCCUUUCUGGAGUCACUACAUGCCUUGCAUUCAUUAAGCCUGCUAUCAACAACAUCUCGUUAAUGACACUAGGUGUCCCCUGCACAGCUCUGCUUAUUGCCGAGUUGAAGAGGUGUGAAAACUUGCGUGUGUACAAGCUGGGCCUCUUUUCAGGUCUUUGGUGGAUGUUAGCACUUUUCUGCUGGAUCAGUGACAAAGCAUUUUGUGAGAUCUGGUCUUCAUUUAACUUUCCGUAUUUGCACUGUGUAUGGCACAUCCUCAUUUGUCUUGCUGCUUACCUAGGCUGUGUCUGUUUUGCCUACUUUGAUGCUGCCUCCGAGAUCCCUGAACAGGGCCCUGUCAUAAAGUUCUGGCCCAGUGAAAAAUGGGCUUUCAUUGGUGUCCCCUAUGUCACCCUCCUCUGCGCACACAAGAAAUCACCUGUGAAGAUUACAUGAAAUCAAGCACCUAGUGGAGGGGACAAUCUAUUUUUUCAUCCCAGACAGUAUUUAGGUAAAGGUAGUGGCUCGGAUUGUUUUUUCUGACUAAUAUGCAUAUGGCGUUCACAAGUGUUUUGUUAACACAUGGUAAAAUAUGACCUUUCCUCGCUUUUCUGGAGAGGAGGCUAGAAUGUUUUUUGUGAUGCUCCUGAAUAUUUAUGUUAGAACUCUGUAUUGACACUGGUUGGAUUUGUUUUGCACUCUGAUGAUAUAAUUCUUUCCAAAUAUCAAAGUUAAAAAUAUUUUUCAAGGUCGGCCAAAAUAGCUGACUGCAAGAGACUGAUUCUCUUUUCAUAUUGGUUCUUCCAGAACUCUAUUUAGUGGAGGAACAGUGAGGGGGACAAAGGUGCCUUUAAGGCAUCUUUGUUCCUCCUCUAUUCUGUGCCCAGCUCCCAGUAUACAUUAGAGCAGUUCUGAGCAUGCACCUGGAUGCAUUUACUUUGCACCUGGAUGCAUUUAGCCAUAAGUGGCCACGGUGGUAUUCCAGCUACAUGUUUUUUUCCACAGUCAUGUCUCCACAUGUGGACUGCAGAGGGGGUAGUGUAGAGCCAUUGUGGCAGCUCUGCACUGCAUGGGAAAUUCCCCAGUAGCUAAAUACUUUAGCAGAACUGCAGAAGAGGGUGGUAACAAAGGAAAAUCAGACCCAGAAUUGUUACACUGGUGUAAAACAAGGGUAAGUGAGAAGACAAAUAGGCCUUAAAUACAAAUAAGAAAUUCAGGAACCCUAAAUUCCUAAUGUUUUCCUCAAACAGUUCAGAAUGGAAUGACUAAAUUAUUUUGGCUAAAUUAUUUACAGGAUGUUAAUGAUUAUCAGCUUGUGUGGGGUGUAGUGGAACCUGGUAGCCACUACAAACUUAUUUAAAAAUACAUAUAUUCCCAAUAUGCAUAUGGAGAAGGUUAUAAAAAUCCCCUUCUAUCUCUGGGCUUUCAUUUUUUUUCUCCAGAUGUGGUAAAGUUUAAGGGUGAGACUUUCAUAAGCAUUUGAUAUUGGCCUACCUGCUUCCACAAAAUUAUAUGGGAGUUGUACCAAUACCUUCAAUGGGCGCAGUGUUCAGCCAAUUUUGAAAAUCCCGCCCUAAACUAUUAACACUAAAAUUUGGAUCAAACUAUUAAUAAAUAAAACAAAACCCUAUACUCCAAGUGCAGUUGGUGAGAGUUAGCUUCUGGCUAAUGCCUUUCAAGUAGAAAUAAAUGCAGUUGUAUCCUAAUGCCCUGGUAGUUGUAUUUAGUAAAGGUAAAUGACCACUUAAAACUAUAUUUAGGGCCUGCAUGUCCUUCCAAUAAGCAAUGAAGUUUAAAACUUCAAAGAUUACAUUCUUUGAAGGAAUGUGUGGUAUAAUUGUUGCCAUUUGUAUCAACCUGUCUUGUAAAACAAUAGGGACACCCCAAAGGGGUAGCAUCUGAAUGCAGUUUAGUUUUAAAGCUGCUGUUUGGUUUUUGACUCCUAGUUAGGGCUACGGUUGAAAGUCACUUGCACUGAAAUCUUGCAGGCUGUUUUCACAAGUUUUUAGGACAAAAUGAUGCAAGGAAAGAGUCACUGAUUUUCUGAGACUUCUGUCAUCUUUAACUAUUGAGAUCAGCUGUUCUUCUGAGAGUCUGGCUGCAACUGAACUAGGAGAUAGGCUCCUUACUGUUUGAGAUCCAAAUCAAUACCAAAACCGUAGGGGUAGGGUUUCAAGGAAUUGGAUUUGAGGUUCUGGUUGUGACCUGCCUCUCUAAAAUAUUUAACUUCUAAGCAAUAUCUUACUUUGUCACCAAUAGUAGGAGCCAAUGUGAUAUAAUCUCUACUGUAAUAUAGAAAGUUUCCCUCUGUUUAAAAUAUGUAUUGCUACUUACAGUGAUAAAAGAUGAUCCUUAGUUUUACAAUAUAUAUUUUGAAAAAUCAAACUGAAGUGCUCAUACAUUAGUUUAUUUCAUUUUGUUAAAUAUGCAAAUAUAAUAAUUGUUAUAGCUGUAAUAAUUAUUCUUUUCCAGUGAGCUGAAGCUUUUAUUGCUUUACUUGGGAUGAAUUUGGGAGUUCUGAGUGUUACCCAGUUUUGGUCGAUAUAUAACUAGCCUCAGGGAUAUUUCUGUUUUAACCUUAUUCCAACACCUAACUCUUUAAUUUGGAUUAGGUAGGAAGUGUGUUGGGUAGUUUUAGGAAGCAAGGCAUAGUAAUUUAUGAUGAGUGUUCCAGUGCUGUUUGGUGGAACUAACUCUUCAGUAUCAUGUACUGAGGGCCUGAUUCUUGCUGUCUUAUAUCAGUGUUGACUCCGUUGGCUUCAGUGGAGUCACUUCUGACUUACACCGGUUAAGCAAGAGGAGAACUGGGUCCUGGAACUUUAAGCAUCCUCUUACGCUUGGCUGCUGUGGUCACAGAAAUGAACUUUAUAACAGUUUUUACUUGGGAAUAUGCUACUGAGAGAUGAAAACCCAGAUCCUCUGCUAUGGAAUGGUGCAGCUUGUGGAGCAGGGGCAAGGGAGUUUGUGCAAAGAUCUGCUCCCGCAAUGCUGGUCUGGCUGUAUGCUGGUCUGGUCCCCUGGUGUAGCUUAAGUCAGCCUCGAAGGAUCAGCUGGGUGUAGAGAAGCCUCAGCCAAACCCUGUAUCCCAACAGCAGGGAAGGGAAGGAGGGUGAAGGAGCCAGUACCUUGGCUCUACACCAGCAGAGGGUUCCCAUAUAUGAAGCUGUACCUCCCUUGGUCAGCUAUGCUAGACUUAGGGCCAAAAUCUGCCUGUGGUGUAUCAUGAAGUGAAUAUUGCACACUAGAGAGUUUGAUAUAAAUAGUCCUGUAGAAAAACAUAGACCAUUUCAGCUCAAAUGCUGCUGAGUUCUUUACUACAGAAGUACAAAGGGAGGAAGCAUCCUCAAAGUCCGAAGAAAGUGAUAUAUCACACCAGAUUGAUCAGCCCUUCCCAUUUCAAGAGCCGCUAUCUAUGUGCCAGAAUAAACACAUUCCUCUAUUUAUUAGAACAUGGUUCUAGAGGAAAGACAAAUAUAACGUGGUAUGAACCAAAACGUACUCUGCUCCAAUGAAUACGUUAGUUUAAUUGGAAAAAUCAUGAGUGACUAAGGGGAUGAAAAGACACGGCCCGAUUCUCAACUGCCCUACGCUUUGUGUUGUUGUUUCCACCAGUGCAAAGUGCUACCGAAACACUAGCAUCAAUGCAAAGUGCUACCAUAACACUACUAUCAAUGACCACAUGAGAUACAGGGCAGUUGAGAAUCAGACACCCCCCCCCCCCACACACACACCAAAAACUCUUUCCAAAUCAAUGACUCUUUCAAUCUUCUUAAGUUACAGUGGGGUUUUUUUCCUCUCUCUCCUUGCAGUAUAAAUCAUUUAGGCUGAGGGGGGAAAAAAACUCUUUUAAAUGGGAUCUGCAGCCACCUUUUUUUCACUUUAAUGGUCCAAUCCUAUUCCCAUUAAAGUCCAUGGCAGAACCCUAAUUGGUUUGCAGGAGCAGGGCCUUAUUUCCCUAUAUUUCAGAAGUAUAACAAAAACUAAGUAGAGAUGGGAUACACACAGGUCCAUAUUUUCAACAGAUCUUUGAUAUUUUUUUGGGGGUGUGCCCAAUUUGAAGCACUUAGGGCUUGAUUGUCAGAGGUGUUGGGUGCCCAGAGCACUAGAUGAAAUCAGUGAGAGCGGCAGAACCUCUGACAAAUCACAUGUUAGGGGUGAGAUUUUGUGUGGCCCCUCUAAGUGCAGCAGAUAACUCUGAAUCUAGGGGGAGGGUGACUAAGGCAGCCUUAACCAUCUUUGCACUGUUCUGAUCCUUGGCCAUUCCAGGGACUGAAACAGCCCCCAGAAUAACUUAGACCCCUCAGGGCUAUGUAAGUUAUGUCAGACUCCUGGCACUGCCCUAUGGGUAGGGCCCUACCAAAUUCACGGUUCAUUUUGGUCAAUUUCAUGGUCAUAGGAUUUUAAAAAUUGUAAAUUUCAUUAUUUUAGCUAUUUAAAUCUGAAAUUUCAUGGUGUUGUAAUUGUAGAGGUCCUGAAGGCAGCAGAGCAGAAGUAAGGAUGACAUGGUAUGGUAUUGCCACCCUUCUGCGCAGCUCCUGGCAGGGUGCUGCCUCCAGAGCUGGACGCCCGGACAACAGCCGCUGCUCUACAGCCACCAAGCUCUGAAGGCAGCUCAAAAGUAAGGGUGGCAAUACCGUGACCUUCCCUAAAAUAACCUUGUGACCUCCCUGCAACUCCCUUUUGGGUCAGGACCCCCAAUUUGAGAAACGCUGGUCUCCCCUGUGAAAUCUGUAUGUUAUAGGGUAAAAGCACACAAAAGACCAGAUUUCAUGGGGAAGAGACCAGGUUUCACAAUCUGUGACACAUUUUUCACUGCCAUGAAUUUGGUAGGGCCCUACCUAUGGGUCACAGCAUUGCCUGGAAUCUCCACAGUACUGAAUGUCGUGGCCCUGUCCUUCAAUUCACCCCUCCCACUCCUGGACCCACCCUCAGUAAAACCCCUGUGUCGGGAUUUGUGAGCGGAUCCUCACAGGGCAGCCUUAUGGAUGUCUUGUGUAGUGCCUGCACUGGGGGAAACAUAGCUUAGCUGGAACCGGGGCUUUAAAGCUUCUUUAUGCCUGUCCAGUCCAUUUUAUUCAGGGUAAAGGGGCCAAAGAGGGGGUGAGGAUUUCACCGUAGGUGUGUCAAUAUGGGCACCCCAGACCUAGGGUUCACAUUUUGCCAAUAAUGUGUAAUAAAAAGAAAUACAAAUCUGCUGUGGAACAAGAAGUAAAAUUAGUGGUUUAGCAAUAUAAAGCAAAGAUGCUGUCUCAUACCAGCAGGCUUCACACUAGCCUUUAGUUGAUAACAUAAACCACAUUUGUUAACAUUGAUUGGCGUUCAGAUACAGAGUAUUUGUUAGUACUCAAAAUAACCAUGAAAAUGCAAAUAAUUGUGAACAGAUCAGAAUUAUAUGUAAAAUGUAUAUUACAUUCCCAUAAACUUGAAAAAUAGAUGUUAAGCAUUUGGCUUUUCUGAAAUGUAUUAAAGCCUGAAUAGAUAGAAAUGAGCAUAGAGACCACCCUCAAUCCUUAAUUAAAUUCUAAAUUCAAUGGUUAGUGUUUUCCACCAAUCUGAUUUUUCCUCAACAUUCUAGGCCAGAUCCUCAGCACUUCUUUGAGCAGCUUCAGCACGUAAAAAAGGGCCGGGAAGCCAACUUAACUAGUUACUUGGGGAAUCCCUGGGUGAUAUAGAGCCAGUGACAGCUGCAUGUUACUCAUCUUUGCACCCCAUCCCUAGGGAAAAGAGCAUGGGGCCAGACAGUCACUGCACUCUGAUUCUACCCAGGUGCUGGCAUGGCCCCUUAAGGCUGUGAACAGCUGGGUACAACUUAGAGCAACACUGACCAUCUGGGCUGUUCUAAGUUGUGCUGUAGGUGGGUGUUUGAAUUGCACCAGGGAGGCUAGGAUCAGGGAGACUCAAAAGACUUGUGAAUUCACAUUUUCCCCUCUCACAUCCCACUAGUCCUACACUAAGCUCUGCCAGACAAGAGGAUCAGGCCCUUUGUGUUAAAGUAGCCGGCAGCACAUUUCUGCAACUGUGACCAAAGAAUGGCAUUGGACUUCAGCUUGACUCUCCUGUUAACUAGGGCUUCAUUCCUCUUCAGAUUAUGUGCAAUAAUCUCUUUUUUUUGUAAAGACAUGUUAUAUUUCCUAUCUGUGUGCUAGAAUAAGGUCCCCCCCAACUUUGCUAAGAAGUCUUACUGAUGGACAGAAUUUGCCCAGGGACAAAAACAGGUGCACCAGCAGGUACUGGCUUUAGGAAACAAUGUUUUCGAUAUUACAGCAAUUGGUUGGAAUAGCAGAUUUAAAGUAUUUUUACUUUAUCUUCGUUGUAUAACUUUUCUAUCUGAAUUCAUUCUCAGAGAUAAGGGGCCAAAUUUUGCAGCCCUUAAUUGAGUCAGACUCCCACUGAAGUUAAUUGGGAGUUCUGUACCCACGCUUAAAGGAAACCUAUAGAUUACAGGCAUAUGCUAUCUUUCUUGGGAGUUUAAAGCAGGUAAGCAACUUGCUACCUUUCUGAAAAUUUUGGAUCUUCUAGAAUCUAAGAGUCAGAUCCUACCUGUGAUCACCCCCAUUCUCUUCAGUGGAGCUGUGUUGAUUUAUACCAGCCGAGGAUCUGGCCCUUCUCUCGUCUUGUGACUGUGGGAAACAAACAGUUUUUAAAUUAAAAUCUUUUGUAUACAACCUGUUUGUUAGAGUUUAUAUAAUAAUGUUUGUUACUCUCUACUAUACAAUUGCUGUAUUCCUUCCCUCCCUCAAUAAAAUUAGUGAUCGCUCAGUUUAUAAUACUUCUCAGGUAUUAAAAUAGUUUUACUACCAACUCUUCAUCAGAAUGGUGUUCACUUGCUGGAACCUAUCAUUUUUAUAUUGCCUGAUAAAUCUCCAGUUCAGAUAAGGUCUAUUUAGUACUGUGUACUAAACUGUUUUGUAUAUUGUAAGUCAUUUUCAGCAUUGUUUUUGAGACUCGUGAUUGCUGAGAUUCACACUACUAGAAGUGAUGAUAAUAAAUUCUACUCAUGCUUUUUAUUAAAUAAAAAAAACAACUUUCAGUGUUUUAAGGGCAGGCUGUGAAAUCCUGAUCACUAAUCUCACUGUUCACUGGGAAGUAGUUUUCGUAAAUGAGUGGCAAUGGAGCACCUAGUAAUCUCAGAAGUGAAUGAAUGCAUGUACGUGUACUCUGUUUUGUUAAACUAACCACUGGCUUCUGUACUUAUAAUAUAUUCUUAUGCAAACAAAAAACAUUCCAUUUGAUGUACAGAAGUCUGUUGCAGAACUUACUGUGUAAGGAGGAAUUCCACUCUAAAUAAGUGCUCUCAGUCCACCUUUUUUAAAUACUGACUUUUCAAAAUGUAACUGUUGCACUUUAAACUCCUUAUAAAAUAUUCAAUUAAUUUAAUCUCUUCUGUCAAGGCCACAUGGUUCUUUGCUUUGUUUUAAUUGUGCAUUGUGGCCUUAUGAGCCAUAAUGAAAACAGAACUCUGUGAACUUCAAAGUAAAACUUCUCUCUUUUUUUCUGAACUAAGGCCCUGAUUCAGGACAGCCCUAUCCAGGAAAGCACUAAAGCUUUAAAUAUGUGCUUAGGUGCUUUCUUGAGCUGAGCCUAAGGUCCUUAUCCUAUAGACGCUUAAGCACAUGUGUGAAUAAUCUCUGGCGUGUAAAGUGACUUGAGUGCACGGGAUUGGGGCCAAAGGGCCCAAUCCAUUUCCCAUGGGAGGUAAACUGGGCCUUGUGUUUUUAGAUUCAGCUAGUGUAUGGUAAGAUUACUAUAGUUGACUAUUGUUUUUUAAGAUUGUUGUUCAGAAUCUUGAUCACUUUUGUAGGGGUGUGUUCUUUAUAAACAAAAAUAUUAUUUUAGGGUAUAACUAUUUUAAUAUAAAGACUGUGUGUGUAUGUAUAUAAAUAAAUACAACUUCCUUCAUACAAAAUUGUUAAGCCUUACGGACUUCAAUGGGUCUGAUUUUCAACCCCAUGCUAGAGUAAUUUAACCACUGGAAUAAUUAACCAAGUGUCAUGGUUGAUUCUCCAUCACUGACUAUUUUUAAAUCAAGAUUGGAUAUUUGCAAAAAGAUCUGCUUUAGGAAUUAUUUUGGGGAAGUUCUAUGGCCUGUGUUAUACAGGAGGUCAGAGUAGAUUAUCAUCAUGGUUCCUUCUGGCCUUGGAAUUUAUGUGCAUUUACACACAGGCAAAUGUGUGUCUGCUUUUCACAGGCAUGUCCUGGAGGUACACAGGCAUGUCCCGGAGGUAAACAGCCUUUACACAUACAUGUUCUUUUAAAUAUCUGAACAUGUGCACAAAUGUACACCUACUGGGGACUGAAAAUCAGACCUAGUGUCUCUAAAAGGGGCAGUAAACGUAAUACCUGUAUUUUCUGUUUUACUUGAAGACUAUGUAUUGAAAGUUUACAGAAAGUGUGUAAUUAUUUUGCAAUAUUAAAUUACCUUUAAAACAAA